AGGACCACUGCCCCAAAAUGAGCAUAACAGAAUUACUAUAGGCUCUACAUAUAUUGAACUAAGUUCCGAUAGAGAAGAGAACAUUUUUUCCAUGAUCACACCUUAUUUUGCGAGGCCCUUUUUCUCGCUUUUCAAAGGUUUUUCUUUUCCUGAAGAGUACUGCUUUGACUUUCUGGUGCGACCUUUUUUUCUCUACCGUCUACUUACGAGGUCUUAUGUCGUAUUUUUGUUGAUCUAAGCACUUUCUUGGCUUUCGCAUUAGUCCACGACGCAGCGCGCAGAUAAAUAGGAACCUGAACAAAUUUAAUCCUGUCCUUUAUGACCUCAUAAUAUCAGUGCGAAGUAGUUUUCACUCUGUGCUUAUUUGUUUCGAUUUUUUUGUCACACAAGUGAACAACAUUUUACCACAUCACGCAUAGCACAUCAACAUCGCACAUGAACUACAUGAUAAAAAAGAUGGCGAGUAACCUUUUCGGACAGGGCCGGAGAGCCAAGCACGACAAGUUGUUCCUGAUUUUUAUGCAGCGGCUCUACUUGUGCCUCGAACUCGAUCGAAACAACAAGUUCUGCGUCGAGAAUUGUUAGUCUUCCGCAUCGUCCGCGACGGCACCUGCAGCCAUGGAAAAUGUAUCUGCGGACAUGGUGAAAAAUUACCAGGGCCAUUUAGGUCGUGAUGACGAGGACCACAACGGCGAACAACCCGAUGCGAAAAAACAGCGGAGAGAUCAUGAUCUUCGGCACGUGUAUUCCUCUUCCAAUUCCUCCCUUCUUGGUGGGGCGUCCUCGUCCGAUUUGGCGGGUAGUGGAAAAGACGCGUACGAGCAGGACUUUCUGCUAACGCACCGAGGAAAAGAGAAGGUGUAUGGCAGACGAGGCAAGGAAGAUGGUUCUACCUCGGCUACGGCUACGGGUCGUGUCGCACGAGGAGCCCCCCGACGGGAUGAAGAGGAAUCUCGUACAGGAAGAAGUGGAAGCAGCAGGUACUGGGCAGCUAGUACUCAAGACCACAAACGUGCUGCACGAGAAGGAAAAAUAUUACCAGCUGGUGCAGGAGACGAGUCUCACGCCGCACGAGAGGUCGUGGACCACGAUGCGAAAUCCGCCGGCGCCACUUCGAGAGUUUCCUCCAAAAUCUCUUCCCGCCAGAAAAUGUUUGCGCAACAAAUGUUGAAUAUGCGGGGGCAGCCUGGACAAGUACCCGCUCCGUCUUCCCGCAGCUGGUACGACAAUCUCUCCUUGUACCGCUACGAGGCCCUGUUUGAGCGGGUAGCGCGGGACCUGGAAAACAACAGAAUUACUGGCAUUGUGCCGGACGACGCGGUCAUUCAAGACGAUCUGCACACGCAGCCGGGAAGCGAGAACAGCUCGGUGAAAGAGGAAGACGGCCUGGAUGUUGGCAGCGUGUCCGCUACGGAGGAGGAAACUGUUGAAACUGGUGCUAGAAAUGAUGUCCUCGUAGUACGGGAUCGUCAGCUUCCUCCUGGCGAGGAACAAAUGAGAAACAGUACAACUAACGAGCCCACGUCGAGAGCGGUGAGUCAGAGCCGGAACAUUGAAACCCCUGGAGGAGGUCCCCCGCACAAUCAACAUGACGGCUCAGAAAUGUCCCCGGAGGAACUGGCCCGGUUGAGGAGACUGAAGAAGCGAACGCAAAACCGGAGCAAAGAGUUCCGUUUGGACAAAAACACGAGAUCCGGAAGUUCCGACUUAUUCAACAGGUCCAACAGCAUCAAAUUGCAAGGUCUCAUGCGGAACAAAAGCAGGAGCACAACCAACAGCGAUUAUAAUUUCUUGACAAACCAACUUGCUGUCGCGACAGGUGGAGGUGGAGCACAAUAUCGAGAACCAGCGAGUGAAGAUUUCCCCGACUUGCUUUCCAGGUCGGGAACGGAUUUGGAUGUGAGGCAGACGGACAUGUUGACGCGGAGCGGCUCGAAUCUGAGUCUGACUGCGGGAGGAGAACAUCAUGGGCUGCUCCCGCAGAGUGGUUCUUCCGAUCGCGCUGGUAAAGUGCCAAAGAAAAGCAAUAAGCAUAAGCUGAUGAGGUUUCCCACGAAUUUUCAAGCGCCGGUGCUGGGGUUGGCGAUUUUGCGGUAUGACGACGAAGACCAAGAUGAACAGGAGGAGGAUCAUGUCGGCGAGCAUGAGCAAACAGACAGGAACGAUGUUGCAGCUCCUUCCCGGCAAGAAAUGACACAGAGUGCUGGCAGUGGCACACCCCCCUCCGAUGCCUUGUUUUCCUCCGGAACUUCCGCAGAUGUUGCGGCCCAGCAAGAUGUGGACGUGCACACACUACAACAAAGCAUAACUGCGACGAAUUGUGACGAGAAUGCCACCAACCUGGUUCCCACGGUGAACUCCACCGAAAGUACCAGUUUCAACUACUCCAAAUCGUCACAAAAACCGCUCAAAAUGGGUGUUGCAACUCCCGAAGACGACAAGGGUUGUGGUCUCAAACCGCAGUCUGUGUAUGACAUUGUGGACCUCUCCUCGACUCCUGGGUUUCUGAUCGACGAGUAUCAACAUGGCAGUAUGGAAGGAAUAAUGCCCAGCGACGUAGAGGAAAAGAAGAAGCACAUGAAGAACUACAGUUCGGAUAUAGAUAAAAAACCGACCUCUAGUAUCUCUUCAACAUCUCCUGAUGAUAGCGCCGACCUUUGUUCGCGAGGUAGAGUUAGCACCGAACUCUCAGAGGGACCUGACGAAAGCGCCAGAAGUAGUGUCUCCAAGGAAGUAGGGCAAGAGAUGAUUAUAAGCGACACGACAAACACGCCUGCUGGGACAACUGGUAGCACGACCACAACUACAUCCGGCCUUACAGACCCCGCGGCUGUUGCGGCACCACAUCUAAAAUCCACUCUUCUCUCCACGAAUCUCGCGCCCCAAAACGCGUUCGACUUCAGCCUCCGGUCUGUUUCCGCUCCGGCAAACAAGCGAAGGCUGUCGACGCCUCGCAGGUCCCGACCGGACAGCGAGCUGACGCGCACCUACAGCCGAAAAUCGGUAUUCCGCAUGCACAGCCUGAUGCGGCAAGACAGUUUGGCCAGCGGCAGGAGUACCAGUAGGCCCGCGUCCACUACAGGAGCAUUAGCCGAGGUUGACCCGAUAAAAUCGCUCACUUUCGGAGGCUUGGGACUGAAUUUCGCAAGUGCUGAACAAGCUGCAGACUCCAGCACUGGGACCAUAGGAGCGUUUCUCGCGAACUCCGCCCCUGGUAGCGGGACCAUGAGCGGUAGUUACACGACCGGAGUUGGAGAUCAUGAUGCCUACAACACACAAGAACACGCAUUCCCAGACCAGCCGAACACCUGGCAUGGCGGCAGUGCGCGAUUCGAGCGGCAGCUGGUGGAUCUUAACGCGCUUUUCGAGCACCGAGAAGAGGACGAGGAGGGAAAAAUCGUGAGUAGAUCGGGUUCACAACUCGAAGGCACGACGACGCAGCUGGAUGAUAAAAGUAGUGCAGGAACAAGCACUACUUCGGGAAAGAACAUCCUCGCUAAGCCUGUAUCAGAAGAAGCUGUACAACUAUCACCAGUUGUAUUGCCUAAUAACGCAAACGUCAACGGGUCUUCUCCCGUCGUCUCCGACAAACGGGACGUUUCGACUGCGACGAAUAGCACCGCGGAAGUGAUGGGCGUGGUCUCCACUUCUCCGUCCGAGACGAGUAGCGCAACCGCAAGCCCAAUUUUUCACAAGAAAAUUGUCGCGGUUCUUUCAUCCCAGCAGCAGACGCCAGCUGCAGUAGAUGAUGUCGGUAAGAGCACAACAUCAGAUAAUGUUCUUGCCAACUCGCAGCAGCUUCUUUCCCCUGUCAUCGAAAAAACAACCUCACUCGGAACAACUAGCACAACCGUUGUUCAACAAAAUUCUCCGGCGUCCUAUGGUGGUGGUAGUGGUCCUCAGCUCCUUCUUGACGGGGGUUUAAUCGGAGGACAUCAAGAUGAACUGGCGCAAACUAUCGUCCCGCAAGGCGUCGUGGCCGCGCAAGCAAACGCCACGCCCGCGGCGGACUACCCGCUUGUGCUCGAAAAGGUCCAGGGGCUAACGCCGGUGGUGGUGUAUGAAUGCAGCGUGGUAGAAGAAACAAACCGGAAGCCGUUUCCCGACGAGGUUUUGAAGGCCUUCGCGACCAGCUUGCAAAAGCUGAACAACGACGACAAUGUGGGCUUCAUUUCCGGCGAAGACGGGUUGAUGUCCAGCCUGCAGGUCUUAGCCCACCAAGUGACGAAAAAGCCCUGCUGCAUGUCGCCGCUCCUCCUAUUGCCCACGUACGCGCGCUGCUACCGCCCGGGUUCGAAGUUUCUGAUCUGUACCGUGGGCUUGGAAAACGACUCCGUGUAUCUGAACAUUGCAGAUUUGGCGGAGCGCGCCGGGUACACGGAGCAAAGGUUCCGCGAUUUGUUUCUCAUCGAACGGUUCGAAGACAUCUUGCUGCAGUCCCAGGAUGAUUUGGAAAAGCAGGGGGAGAUGAUACUGGAUCGGAUCUGCUCCAAGUUCCGGGGCAUCUUUCGAAGAUCGACAGCAAACGGCAACUCAAUCCUCACCCAAGAACAACUCCCGGAAGCACAAGCAGAAGGUCCUGGUGCAACAGGCGCCGCCAUCCCGUUAUUUCCAAGCGUUAGAUCUACUUCUGGGAGCAGAACGAGCAUUGGUGCGGCGGAUGGUGCAGGUGGAGUAGUACAACCAGGUGAAAUGGAAAGCGAGAAUGCUGCUAAAACAAAAGCAGGCAUCGUGCGAGCAAGUGAAAGACCCGGGGGCGAGGGGGAAAAUAAUAAUGAACAAGAACAUCAACCGCGGAAAACAACAAGAUCGUUGUAUCACAGUGAAAAAUGCCCCCCACACCUGAAAUUGCAACAAUUUGUGAUGCGAAGUUUCCAAAUGAAAGCUUUUUGUCAUGCAUGAAAGGAGUAAGAAUCUUUCUGAUGCAGAUUCUAGUCGUGUUUCGCAUCGCUUGCAUGACAAGCACCGCUCUUGCUGGGAUCUUUUGCAAUACAAAUUUUUGCUAUUCACGAUCGGAAAUCUGUGAUGCUGAUACACGCAAGAGGGCGAGUGUUUCACUUGGAAAGAUUUGCAAUACAAAUGCUUUCAAGUUCGGGGGUGGGGGCAUUUUUCAUUGUAAUACGUUGCCCCGUUGCUCUGGAAUUUUUGUCGAGUGUGCGGAAAUGAUAUUGUGAGGAAAAAUCCCCCCAUCCCAUAUUGAAAGCCUAUGUUUCUGAAAAUUUGUCUUGCUGAUUUGAGGUCACAAAUCGCAUUCGUCUUGCAAGAAGACAAGGUGAGAAGCUUCCGCCUCAUUAUGGAAGCGGUUUGUCAUGCUGUUGGACCUAAAGGGGAGCCGUUUGCCAUGCUGAACAACUAGACCAAUACGCCCCUACCGAGCCGGGGGAUCUGGCCGCAAUGCCUCUCUGCAUCACAAAGCUGAAUUGUGUACACAAAUCCAGCAUCAGAAAUUCCGUUUUGAUAUGGGGAGGGGGUAUUUUUCCUUACGAUAAAUGACGGUGCACAGUGACCUGUUGAGGGAGGAGCUAGGGGUCCCUGUGUGGGACAUGGUGUCUCUUUCCCACGCUUUGAUGCUCGGGUAUUUGGAAAACCCUCUUUUUGGCAGACUGGGCUGGCAGGUCCACGGGAGUGGUGGCACUGCGACUGCUCCAGGCCUUGUUCUGACGCAGGAUAUGCAGCCACAACAACUCAAUGACCUGAACGCAGCUGGUGGUGAAGGUUCAGAGGAGUUGCUGUCCGAAAUAAAUGCUGCUGACAACGACAAACCGGUGCACAACGAACCCUCGGUGGACGAAAAUUAUUCCAUUGUUCCAGACACCACAACGAUGACCACUGGCGCUGUUGAUGUCGACCAUUUGGUGAGGGUGAACAGACGGAAGAGCAUCACUAGACAUUUCUCCGUGGCAGGCAGCAGUUUUGUUCACCAAAAGGACGACCAAGUGGAACAAAAUCAUCUACUUCAUCUUCAAAAUGUUGAACUAGACUUACGACCCUCUGUUGCCCAGCUCGCUUCCUGGGCUGGGAACAAACUAGUCGACGAUGAAGACAGAGCGUGCUACGCUGCGCAGCGGGACCAAGUGAAGGCCCUGAUUGAUUACAUCUUGGCGGAGAAUAGGAAGCUUGUGUUUGAUGCUGCGACCUCUAGGCCACGGACGGCGAGUGGCAACGUGAUCAAUCCGGUAGUUAAGCUUUUGCCGGAAAGCGCCACGUUUUUGAGCACAACGAAAAAACAGCUGACCAAUUAUGCAGUAGAUGCAGGAGUGCAGCUGUCCUCCGACGUUGUUGAUCAUACGUCGCAAGAAGUAGGAGGUGCGGCCAACACUUCUUCUGCUACUCCUGCACCUCCAACAUCUUCAGCCACUACAACUUCCUCCUUUCAGCACCCGGCGCUCGGGUGUCUCCGCCUAGACUCUCUGUACCGCCCCGCCGCCGGGGAUGUGGCCGACCCGCGGUCGCACGAGUUCGCUUUGGUGAAUCGGGUGGUUCCUGGAUUAACUUUCGAAAUGUGCCGGUCGGGCACCUUAACGGCGGAGGUGCGGCGGAACUUUGCCCGGGCGGUGAAGUAUCUCGACAAGCACCCGCAGGUGAAGGUGAUAACCGGGGAUUGCGGGUUCAUGAUGUUCUUCCAGGAACUGGCGCAGGCGUUUACGCGCAAACCGGUGUGCAUGAGUAGCUUGAUGCUGAUCACGGGGCUGAACCAAUUCAUCCACCCGGACAAGCAGAUCGCGAUUUUGACGGCAAACUCCACGGACUUGGAGGAUUUGAUCCCCGUCGUGUCGCGCGUUUGCGGGGUCGGAUUGCAGGCGUUCGAGACGGAUUUGGUGAAGGAAAACCGAGAUUUGGCGAGCUUCAUCUCGGCCGCAAGCUCCCAGGCGAGUUUUAUCCCGAGGGGGUUGAUGGGGCCAGGAUGGGGUGCUGCACCAGGAGGGCCUCCAAGAACGCCGAGUGCGAUCAGCGUAAGUUCGGCGACUGCAGGUGGUGGAGCUCCAGGAGUUUCAGCCAGUGCAGCGGUGGUUACGACCUCCCAGCAGCCAACGCAGGAUACGGUUUUUGAGGGAAAAAUUCUGGAAAUCGGAGCAGCUUCAGACGGGAAAGACAAGCUGAGCAGACCACAUGCGCAACAUCAAGACUGGCAGGAAAAGCAUGACGUCGAGAACCAGAUGUACCAGCAGAGCAUGCCAGACCGUGAUCUUCCAGCACGUGAAGGAGUAUUGAACAAUCCGCCGUCGCAGCUGGCGCAAUCCUGUAAGACCCCACCUCUUAUUGAAGAAAAUAUUACCCUCGGGACGACACCAAUUUCAACUCCGGGUAGAGGUGGUGCCAGGAAAAAAGUAGAAAAAGGAGCUCCUAAAAGUACUGCCUCCGCAAGCAACCCGCUUUCCCGCACCCUUUCCAACUCUUCUGACCGAUCUACCUCGAGGAUAAACAACAAUAACGCCAGCAAAAGUGAUAGUGGUUCUACUACUGCCAAAAAUAAUUAUGCGGCGGAUCCAAGUUUCCUCGACGCGGUUGCGACGAAAUUGAAAUCAGAACUGGGACAGCAACUCGUGGAUGAAUUUUACAACAGUUUAGGGACGAAUGGGAGCGACGAUAAAAUCUUCACACCGGACGAGCAGGGCGACCCGGUGCAGCAGCUUUCGAAUGCGAUAUUACCUGAUCAGAAGCAAAACCUGUCAAUAUCUUCCGCAUCAAAUUCAAAUUCUCAGUCGGCCGGCGGCGGCACCAGCGAUGAAGUAAGUUUGAAUUCCUCUUCGAAGAUGAAGAAGAAGGCGCUGCGUCGCAUGGACUCACCGAUGCCGGAAAGUUUCGUAAAGCAGACGUCUUCGUCUACUACUUUCGGGUCUUUCCGCUCUAACAUUUCCGGCGUGGUGGUCCUAAACACAGCAGGUGGACAAGAUCAAGAACAGCGCCCGACGUCAAACUCUUCAGGAGAUUCGCUUCGUGUGCCGGCCUCGAGCCCGAGGGACGACGUUGAUGAGGAGGACGAUCAUGAGGGUGUACUAGCACUUUCUCUACUUCGUUCUCAAAAUUAUUCCACGACCAAACUGGGUAGAUCUUCAAAGCAGGAGGACAUCCAGACUACACUUUCCUUUUUAGCCGGAGGAACGAUCUCAGGAACUGCGACCUCCUCAAGCAGUCUCUCAGGUGCUGGGACGAGCACCAGCAAUACGGAACAAGAAUAUAUCGCCGCGAAGACCAAAUCCGAAAGUUCCUCGUCGACUGCUCCUCCUAAAAAUAAUGUAGUAGUGGUUCAUGCGAUGCAAGAUCGAGAAAUUCUCGAGGAGCCAUGCCCGGAUGCAGAAGUGAAUCUUUCGUUGGCGAAGCAGGAGAAAGAAAUGAUCAACAGUAGCAGUAGUUCUACAAACAAUAAAUCCGCCGACCCGUUUGUCCGCAACAUGCUGACGGAGGAGGAGGAGGAAACGAUGCUGAUCAAAGGAAUCCUCUCCCGCUCCACCUCUCUCCAGGCCGCCGAUGUCUUCGGCGAAAAGCCAACCACCAUGCGAACGCUGAAGCAGCUCGCGGCGGAUAGGACCACUAGUCCCUACGACAGUCCGGGGGCUGGGCAGCUGGUUCGCCAAGGCGGCGCUGGGGGAAGUAGCAGUGCAAAUAUGUUUACAACUUCUCCCGGCGGAGAAACCCCUCCGUCCGAAGAGGACGAUAUCGUGCCGAUAGAGAUUGGGAACAGGAACACGAGAAGUACAGAGAGUGCUAGUAACAAAAGUAGGUCCACAGGAAAUCGUCCCACUACACGAGCGUCGUCCACGACCCCCUCCCACAAAGGACCCAGUCCUGGUCACAGUGACUCGUCUGUCGGGCGGGCUACCGGGACCGUACAUGACGGUGAUUUCAGUUGUCCCGCUGACGCAACGACGAACUCAGAAGAGGACCACGCAGCUGCUUUAGUACGGACGAGUACAACAGUGGACGAGAAUAAAGGGGGUGUUGACAUCAAGGAGAAGUACAGAAAAAGGAAGAACCUAUCCUCGACCGCCGGUUAUGCAAAAAAUAAAAAUCCCGAGAUAUACAUCAACACGAGCGACGGCCAAGGCUUCAAGUACAUGCCGAUGCCACCUGCCGAUAAUAAUUUCAGCGGCACAUCAGGCUCCUGCGAUACUUUCUCCGACACGAAGACGCCGGACUACUUGCCGAGCCCGCCUUUUGAGCCGAUGCGCGUGCCAAGACUGACCAAGGAAGAACGGGAGUUCUCGUUAGAUCCCUUCACCAUGUCUGACCUUAGCUUCUCGACCACUUCCAAUUCCAUUUCCGCCUACACGACAAAUUCCCUUUUCUCGCAAACGAACCUCACGAAUUACAAUUCCCAAAUCAUCAACCCCAAUGUAGCUGUGAGUCCACGGGGCGGGGGCGGGCCGCCGUACGAAGCCAGCACGACCAGCAGCGGCCGCCCCAACACCACUGCCUCGGGGGCCGGCUCCACAGCCGGGACUACGAGGGGUGUGGUGGCGCGGCGGCCAGACUUCCCCGAGGAGCGGAUCGAGGAAGAUGUGGACAUCGCUUACUCGGGUCUGAAGAACAACGUGCAGAGAUACGAUAAGUUUAAUGACAUUGCGCGGGUGGACACAAAAAAACUACGAGCAGUAGAGAAGCUCCGAAGUGUAGUCGCCGGUCCUGCUUCACCAUGUGGGAGUUGUGACAACAAUAUGGAUGAUCAUGUUGCAGUUGCCGGCUCAGGCUUAUCUUCUGCUGCAGCUGGCUCCUCUUCGACGUCGAAUAUAUCGCCGCGGGGCGGGGUUGACAUGUUUCAGCCUGGGAAAUUGUUUGAAAAGGUGAAGCUGCAGGAAAACGCCACUCUCAAAUUCGAGAACAAGGGGCUCGUGGUCGGGGACGUUCAACAUCUUGACAACGAAAUAGAUUGCAAGGACAACAACAGCACUUCUACCCAAGAAGACCCUCCGCACGACACCGUUAUUACGCCGCAGCGGAAGCAACUUCAGCUCAUGAUGCCGGGGUUCGAUACCGCAGAGAGCUCUUUUGUUUCAUCUAGUACCGGCGCAGGGGGAGAUACAACUGAUACAACUGACUUGUUGUUCCCUAACUACGUAACCGGGAAGAAUAUGAAACACACUACAUGCAGCACCGCGACUGAGGCCGACGUGACGCCCAGCAUUGUCGCCGGGCGGGUGAGCGUUUCCGAGAUCGACGAAAUCGACCGAAGAAGAGCGCACCAGAAGGGCUUUAGCAGCGAACACCCGCUCGUGAUUCUGGAUCGCGAGGAGGCCGCGCGCAGAAACGCGGCGUUGCCGACCGGCGGCAUGAUUGACCCGACCCGUGACUUGCCGUUUGCAUUCAGUCCGCACGGGAGAACGAGGGCUGAUCAAGUCGACCAGCAGCAGCAGCAGCCGGGUGCUGGCACUGUUCCUUCUUCGCUGGAAAGCAGCUCCUCAUUAUUUCGGGGCAACAAUGUGGAGAAUCCGUUCGCGAAUUUGAUGAUCAAAACCACUUUUGGCGGUGGGAACAAGACGAAGACUCCUGACGCAGUUGAUGUCCGAGCUGCUUCUACUACAGUUGUUCUCUCGCAUCAAACCACGAGUAAAAAUAGUACUGCGAUAGAAGCGCUUGCUGGAGCUACCCCUGCUUCUGAGGACACGACCAGCACUAAUCAAGUAGACAAGCGGCUCGAAAGUUACAAUAGCACAGGCACAGCAAGCUCCGUUAUAGGCGCUCCGGUAGGUGGAGUUGUUGGUUCUGCUGCGUUCGUCCCUCGUGUACUUUCUUCCCCGCUGGCCGGCGUUACUCCAGUGCAUGAACAAGUAGAAGAUGCAGAGUCGCAUGACGAGGCGCAACAACAGCACGUAGAGUCGCCGCUACACCAGACGAGAACCGACCUAGGGGUCAUAAGAUCAGUUGGAAAUUAUAACACCAAGAACAGCCCAGAACAAGAAGUUCAGAACAUCAACAACAACCCCAGAACCUCCAACCGUCGGUCAACCUUUUCGUCCUCCGACGACAUCCCCUGCCUACCCCGGACCAGCGACACGACGGGUAGCAAGGUGAAUUCCCCCAGUUGGGCUAUCACGACCGCGGAGAUCCUCGGCGUGGACGUGGCGACAGACAUUGGGCUGCAAUCAGAUUACACCGAUGACGGGUUUUCGCCGGGGGAAAAAGCGGCGUUGCAGGUUUUGGUGCUGGAGAAGGGCGGCUUAGCGGCAAUCACCGAAGAUCAGGCGCUACCCGACGAUUUGCCCGUGCACAUGACUUAUCAACUGCAAAAAUGUCUGGGUCUGGAAGAUUGCAACUUGUCAUGCUAAAUCUGAAGCAUGCAAAAAUCUGUGUUGCAUGAUUACCAAAAGUCGUCCAGUUUUAACCAAGUCGGGAGGGAGUUUCUCAUGCAGGAUAGGCAUGAGAGAGAUCGCAUAGAAUCUGUCAUGCUAGGUCCUGCAUUCCAGACCUCAUGGGUCAUGGAAAAGCUGCGUGACAAAUCGCGCAUUCUUCCAGACCCAGACUCUUUUACAUUUGAUAUGACAACCAGCCCGGCGAUUCCACCGUUUAACCCGAAGAUGAACAAUAUGACUGCCCUGCAGCCUGGAUCAUUAUCUUGGACAGGUCGUGGUGCAGCCAACAAGGAUUUCGAUGGUGCUGCUGGCAAUAUCGAAACUACCUUCAACAUUCCGAAUGCCUUGAUAGAACGAGAGCAUCAACGGGAAGUAGAGCACCACAUGCUAAUCGAAGAGCAAGCUUUUAUAGAAGACCCGCUCUUUCAUCUUACAAAUACAAGUCCGCCGCCGGGUGAUCUUCAGAUGCUCCACAUGAUGUCCUCACCAUCCUCCCCACCGUCGCUCGCUCUAUUGUCCAAAACUCCGAGCGAGCAGGCACGGGACGCACACUUACGGGAAUUUUUAGCGCGGAACCCGCACGAGCACGAACUGGCCAGACGUCAGCGUACGGACUCGCAGCAGGACCAAACAAUUGCCGAAACAGGUCGGAUCGCCGACUUGCCUGGGGGUGGAGCAGGAGCAGGGAACAAUAAGGAUGAGGAUGAAUUUUCUGGUCACCACGAAAUAAACAGUGGCACGCAACAACUUCCGGGGCAGCAGACGAGUGGGAACAUGCAACUUCUGGACCCCAGAGUUGCCCUGGGAACGACAAGUCGAGGCGCUCCUAUUUCAUUUCCGGGUCAAGAUGACGCACCCAAGGAUCAUGCGCAGGAGCAGGUGGACCGCAAGAACAGCAGCAACAUGCUGUCUAGAACUUCUUCUGGGCCGCACAAUGUUCAUGAUCAGCAGCAGCAUCACAGCACGUUCAUUUCACAUCCCUCCACCACCAUCCACUACCCUUCCCUGGCGUCGACGGAACGCGGGGGAGGUAAUAAUUUGUUGCAAAAGACGAAGUCGAACUUGUCCGUUGACAGCUACUCCGACGCAGAGACGAUUGUGCCCGGACAAGAAGGUCCAAGCUCCGGGGGAAUAUUAAACAACAACGAUUAUUCCAACGUGAAUUACCACCUGCAAAGUGUCGACGAACUGGUGGAGCGCGCGACUGGGCAGGCACUGUCUCCGCAUAGCAGCUCUCGUCCUGGGAGCCGGGAAGCCUCGCAGAUCAGUGCUGCAACAGCUGGGGGAAAUAAAGGGAAAGACCUACCAUUAGCUGGCGCAAAUAAAGGACAACAGAUGACAUCACGAGAUGCAGCCAAGACCAAGAGCAAAGACGAUUUACUUCUACUCGGCAGUACUUCUGAGGGUGCCGUAGUAGAGCAGUUGAAGCACGACGAGAGCCAGCACGCGAUAUUCAAGGAAGAGCAAGACGAUGUCGACAAUGUCCUCGCCACGGGCACGGUUAAUUACUGGGGCACGCUACUGGGUCCGAGUUCGGAGAUGGUCCGGCAGGCACGGUUUGUAGGACAGAACAAGCCGCUGCAGGAUUUUUUGUUGGAAAUUGAGCAAGAGAAAGAACAGAUGUUGGUGAAAUCCAAAUCACAUGACGAGAAUUUUGCUGGUGUAGCUGAUCUUCAGGGCGAGCAUUUACACGCUACGCCGAGCAGAAGUCCUAGUGCCAGCCCGGCAGUUCCUGUAGUUCCACCCUUGAAUCAAAGCCAAAUGAAACUGCUGCCCCGGACCGUUUCCACGCAGAGCAACACUACGGCUGCUGGUGGUGAUAUGGAUGUGUCAGAGUUGAAAUCGACAGAGUUGAAAUAACUUGUAAUGCAUGAAAUCGAUACCAGUCGGAAACCCAAUUUCCAAGCGGCGCAUGACAAAUUUGAGUAGAGCCGAAAUCCAGUUUGUCAUGCUCUUCGGGUGAGACAGAUGCCUUUUGUCAUGCUACUUUAGCAGCUCUAUUUCUACCCCGAAACAGGCUUACAAUCUGCCUCCUGUGCCUACUCUGCAAGACAGGCAUUUUCUUUGGUGCAUUUUAUGCAUGACAAACUAUUUCAACUUUGACGAUUUCAAACCUGACGCUUCCAUAGGUGACCUGCACCAAACUGCCCUCCAACGCCAAGUGUCUGGCCUGGAACUGAUGCUUGGAACUUCUAUCAAAUGUAAAAAUGUCUGGGUCUGGAAGAGUGCGCGAUUUCUCAUGCAGCUUUUCCAUGACCCACGAGGUCUGGAAUGCAGGACCUAGCAUGACAGAUUCUGCGCGAUCUCUCUCAUGCCUAUCCUGCAUGAGAAACUCCCUUCCGACUUGGUCAAAACUCGACGAUUUUUGGUAAUCAUGCAACACAGAUUUUUGCAUGCUUCAGAUCUAGCAUGACAAGUUGCAUUCUUCCAGACCCAGACAUUUUUACAUUUGAUAACUUCUACACAAGGACAAGAUCACCGACUACAGCACAACGUCUAUGGUUCCACCUCAUCACUAUCCGCUCUGUACCAGCAUAUCCCGGUUGCGGCGCCAUCCAGUGCAGGAGCAGCUGGCGCAGCUCAUCUUGGCGAUCACAGUUACAACCCCUAUGAUUUUUCCCUGUCUCCGGGUGCUUUCGGACCACCAGCCGCGACGGUUAUUCCAGCGAACCUGAACAUCGGUGACCCCUACCCGACGGACUUCACCAGCAUGCCACUGUCCCCGACGGCCAUUCUGGCUUACCAAAGACAGAAAUUUAUUGGAGGUUCCUCCCAACACUCCGUUUCCGGAGAAAGUUUGAAUAGCUUCGGCCGGUCCACGCAGGUGCGGGGCGGGGUGACCACAGGAGCAGCUUCUUCCGUCGGAGGGGGAACUGCUCCUGGCCCACCUUUUGCUGGUUUGGUCCGCGCAGGGACAGCAGGAGCAUCGAAAGGAGCUCUCUCGGAUGCAGGCAUGACAAACUACACCGGUUACACUGGAGGUUUGCAGUACAACCCGGCCGCAGCACGCGAAUCCCAAGUCACUACUCCGAGAUACACCUAUGCGGGCUUGUCGGACCAGAUCAACAGCGUGGGUCCGCAUUUUGGCACGGAGCUUUCGCACCUGCAAAGUAGAGCCUUUUCCACGGAGGUCCAUUUGGGAGGAGGUGGGCAACAUCUUGCAGGUACUACAGGAGCAGCUCCUGGUGGCGGUGCUGCUAAAACGAGCACGACAUCGCAAGUUGCUGCAGUAGAGCCGGUCGCCCGGCAUAUUGACCGGCAGCGGUUUGUGGUGAUGGGCAUCGAGGACUUGCCCAACUUCGACGGCAUUUCCAAGGGCUACCCGCUGCAAUUUCACAACUGCGAGGAGUUGCUGAUCCAGAAGAUCCAGCGGCUGAUGGACGCGCAUCCGGACAUCGACUGCUUUCUGGUCGAGUGCACGCAGUUGCCAAUGUUUUCGGAUUCCCUGCGGGCGUUGUUCCAAAAACCGGUGUACGACAUCACUUCCGCGGCACACAUGAUGAUGCUGGGCUUCCAAACCACGCCGAAAUGUGACGACGAGCUGUACAAAAUUGAGGACGCGCAGCCGUACUGCUUCGGGAUGGAACUGGGCGCGAAAGACCGGAGGAAGUGCCUGGAAUUGCAACGGUUUCGCGAUUUGUUCGACGAGGCCGGGAUUCCGCUCGAUAAAGAUGCUGAAAGUGGUGAUGAAGCGGAGAACGAAACAAGGAGGGACGACAGUCGAGCAGGCUUCUAGCUGUAUUUUUUGUAUUAACAACAACACGAUAAAAACUGGGAUUAGAACAGGAACCGGAAGAAGCUAUAGCAUGUCGCUUAUUUUCUGUUGAACAAAUGGAGACACGGCAGCUAGAGAAGUUAGUAGAUGACAGGAGUUGUAGUGAACGGAACUAGUAUUUUGAAACGACUAGUACAUCAAGGACAAAGUCUACUUCCAGUAUUAAAAGUAAAAGCUUACGAGUAUUUUAGACCAAGAGGCCUUAUUGAAGACAGCGGACGAGGCAUGCAAGUUCAUUUUGAAAUCGAGGACACAAGUCCCCUGCAGCUUACGCAAAAACAGCUUCUGCCUUGCGCCAAAGCGCUAGAUGUGAUUGAUGAACAUGGAAGAUAGCAGUAGAAGACAGAGGUAUUGACGAGCGAGCUUUUAUUUUGGAUCACUGCAAGUAGCGACCACAAGAAAUCUACUUCUGUACCACGGCACCAAAGUAGAACCACGCUAAGCGACAAGUAAAAAUGUACCCAGCGACAACCUUUUCAUCUCUGUAUAGUGAAAAUCGAAAACAAAGACAUGCUCCGUGGAGAGUAUGGAAGUGAAAAAUGUUUCGUGUCCCGAUGCUGAUAGCUAGUGUGCUGGACGAAAAGAAAUUAUACAUCUGAAAACAGCAACUUCAUCAGAAAAGUUCUGACGAUGAAAAAAAGCCUACCACAUCGCACUUAUCGCAGUAGAAGAGAUGAACAAGCGAACAAGUUAGAAAAGUAGUAUUUGUACGAAACCUCCGAGAUGAACAUAAACGUAGCUGUACCCAAUUUAGUACGAACAAAGAUUAGGAGAAGGAGUAUCUGGAUUCUGGUGUCCCCCACUGGAAGAUGAGUCACUACAUUUUUCUUCCACAUGCUCUACAGAAUUUUCACUACCUCAUUUGACAAAGAGUACCAG